AAGGGCCACUUUUGACCGGGGGAGCCAGGCCACAUGCUGCUGAGCACCGGGACCACCAUGCGCAGCUCCAGGCUGCUGCGCGCGCUGCUGCUGCUGCUGCUGUCCGCCUGCGCCGCGGGGGCGCGUCUGCUGGACGCGCAGUCCGAGGAGCAGCUGAGCCCCAGAGCCCUGCGGGACUUCUACCCCAAAGGACCCAACCUGACCAACGAGAAGCAGCUGCUUGGAGCUCUCCAAGAAGUUCUGGAGAAGCUGCAGGCUAACCGACUUCCGGCGUGGGAAAAGAAAUAUGGCCAAGUUCCAACUUGUGAUGUUGGGGAGCAGUGCGCGGUGAGGAAAGGCGCCCGAAUCGGAAAGAUGUGCGACUGUCCCCGGGGAGCUUUCUGCAACUUCUUCCUGCUGAAGUGCUUAUGA